AAAGUUAGGUGAUGAUGAUUGAAGCCAGCAAGAAAGAAGGAAUGGACGUAGUUGGUUACCAAUAUGAACCCACUACGAAGAAAGAAUCCCCAAAAAAAAGUACUAAUCAAUGAACAAAAAAAAUUCCAUUUGUAUAGAAUAUAUUAUGAGGUAUACAAAAACAAGAAUGCAAAAGUUUUCAAAGAUCAAAUUAGUCCAAUGGCUUUAUUUCCAUCAAGGUAUUCAUCAAGGUCCAGGUCCUCUCUUCCAUACUUGGUGUUUCUCUUAAUUGCAGCCUUUUUUGUCUUCAAGGUAGAUAUUAUCAUAUCUCAGUCGUUUAGUUCAGCCCGUCGCAACCUGGAGAACACUCCUAGUCGUAUCUUAUUGAAGCCCAAAACCCAAGAAAAUCAUGAUAGCCCACCAGUAGUUUUGGUAAAUGGCACAUUUCACCAGCACAUUAUGUUAUCAUGGGGAGAUGACAGAGGAAAAAUACAUGAAAAUGGAGAGCUUUUAACACUCUCCUUAGACAAGCAGUCCGGAUCAGGCUUCCAGUCCAAAAAAGAGUAUCUCUUUGCUAAAAUUGAUAUGCAAAUUAAGCUUGUCCCUGGAAACUCAGCUGGUACUGUUACUACAUUUUACCUAUCAUCACAAGGGAACAAGCAUGAUGAAAUAGAUUUUGAGUUCUUGGGGAAUUCAACAGGGAAUCCUUAUACUCUUCAUACUAAUGUUUUCAGUCUAGGCAAAGGCAACAGAGAACAACAAUUUUUCUUAUGGUUUGAUCCAACUGCAGAUUACCACACCUAUUCAAUCCUAUGGAAUCCUAAAUGUAUUAUAUUCUAUGUUGAUGGCAUACCUAUUAGAGAAUACAGAAAUGCAGAGAGAAUUGGUGUUUCAUAUCCAAAAUACCAACCAAUGAGAUUAUACUCAAGUCUAUGGAAUGCAGAUGAUUGGGCUACGCAAGGUGGACGUGUCAAAACUAAUUGGAAAUUAGCACCCUUUGUUGCUUCCUACAAAAAUUUCACUUAUGAAGGUUGCAUUUAUUCAAGACUAACUAGCACGUCUUCAUGCAAUAUCGACUCUCCUCCUGAUACAAGCAACGCCUGGCUAACAUACGAGUUAGACAGGAGAAGUCGUGCGAAAAUGAAAGCUUUGCAGAAAAAACAUAUGAUUUAUGAUUAUUGCAAUGAUAAGUGGAGGUUUCCCAAAGGCCCUGCUCCUGAAUGCAAGCUUCAAUAACAAUAGGAAACUUACAAGUUUAAUUUAUUCAUUACGUAUAAGGUUUCACAUGUCUUGUAUUUUGGGAUUUUCUACAGGUUUUUUAACUUAUUACAAAUUUUGGAGUUAUUUAUUUGUAAUCUAUAUAAUGAAUCAUACAGGAGGAUGUUAUAGAUUGUUAACAAUUAAGAAGUGUCUCUUAAAUGCUUGGGAGAAAAGAAAGAGAGAACAUUUUGGUCCCCUUUUAGAGCUUAUAUAAAAAGUCAUGAAUUGGGCCAUUGGGCGUAGAACUUUGAAUA